AUGAUCGCAGGGCUAGCCACUGAGCAAAGAAAAGCGCCAUCGGCGUCUGUGUCGGCGUUCUUCGAGACCAAGUCCAAAAAGUUCUUUGCUGCAAUCGAGAAAGCAACGGGAUAUUAUGCAAAGGCAACCCAUGGACAUCCUGGCGCCCCGAAUGGUCACCAGCAAGUAACCCAUACCUCUUCUCACUGGGAUAAGCUCCCUGUGGAGCUCCAGCUUUCCAUUUUCUGCCAGUGCCGCCUGCGGGAUAUCCAAUGCUUACGCCUCGUCUGUCGUUCUUUUUGCGACUUGGUCGACGCCAAUGAACAUGCCAUCGCUCGAGAUUACCUCCGAAUCAGGCGUCACGGCAGCCUUCCGUCCCUAACUCACCGCAGAAUAACUCAUAGCCGCGCUCCUCAAGACGAUGUCAUUCUCCUUUCAGAUCUUUUUCCACCACCAGGAGCAAUUGGGGAUUUGAGAGAUGCGUAUACAUUUAGAUACCUGGCCAGCUUGCGACGUCGCCAGGAAAUCUGUUCAAAAUUGUCUUAUUAUCUAGCCGAUCGGAUUCUGGAUCGUUAUACGCAGAGUCAUCCCGCAAUCAAGGCAUCUUUCGCUUCUAAACGAGAUCGACAAGCUUGCUAUGAGCGAGGGGUCGCGCGCCUCCAAUUUAAACUUACGCCUUUGAUGUUUUAUGUCCUAUAUUUCCUUGAAGUCUAUUCUCAAUCCAAAUCCGACCAGCUGGAUCACAUGUACUCCCUGCUUGCAACUGGAUAUCAGGACGUGCCGCUAACCCGAGCCCAUCGCAUCGAUGGGGAACACAUAUCCCAAUGUCAUAUCAUUCGUUCCCCUCCCUUUGAAGACCCUGGCGUGCUUAUAUCCACCCAUCAUGUCUUCUUUGUCCUUGCCUCAUAUCUACUAGACGCUGUAGCCCCUGACUAUCCAUUCAACUCUAACGGAGACACUCUGGCGAGUAUGCUGCUUACCAUUGGCCUUGAACGCAUCGUUGAAUUCUUUGCCGCCGAAAAGGGGGGAGGGUACAACCAACGUACUCUCCGCAGGACCUUUAUGAGGAACAUGCAGAGGGAUUGGGAUGCCUAUACCAAGAGCGACAAAGUCAUUGGGGUGUAUGGUGGAGAUGAAAGAAACCAUGACCCAGUUCCCCUGGACCACAUCUGGCACUCGCCCGCGCUCGAAAUGUUGAGAAGGAAAGGCCGCAUCCCUCACCAGUCGCAAGAUUGGGUGAUAGUGUGGGAAGGAGUGAAGAUAUAUUUACAUUGUCAGCAUUGUGAAGGAAUGCGUGAUGGAUGGGCUGCCGCUGGCGGGUUGUGAUGCGGAGCAGAAUACUACCUUUUUCUGCUUGAUUCAACUUGAUAGAUAUUUGGACGCCAGGAGUGGGGAGAAGGGCGGGCGCCAUUAAGCACUUUUUACUGAAGGGGCAAAUAAAUCGGCCACUUAAAAGGCCGUGGAACAAAAGGCGGGCUCUCCAUGGCCUUUGCAGGAAUUGCAGUGUAUAUGUGGGAAGAGGAUGGGCGCGUCAUGGAAUCUCAGUGAUAUUGAUGGAGCAUACUUCCAUAACUUUUAGGUAUAUAGAGUCUAAACCUACCACAGU